UCCUCCUCCGCAGUCGCAACCCGGAAGUAAGGCUCCCGGUUGGCGUCACGUUCAUACAACAACCAACAAGAAAAUCGCAAAAAUGUCCAUUGCCGUUCCCACUCCGAUCAACCCCAAGCCCUUCCUCAACCAGCUGACAGGACAGGCGGUCAUAGUGAAGCUGAAAUGGGGCCACGAGUACAAGGGAAUUCUCGUCUCGGUCGAUGGCUAUAUGAACCUCCAGCUUGCCAACACAGAAGAAUACAUUGAAGGCCAGUCAACGGGAAGCCUAGGGGAGGUACUCAUCCGCUGCAAUAAUGUCCUAUAUAUUCGUGGUGCGGAGGACGAUGACGAAGAAGAAGGCCAGAUGAAGGAAUAGUCUAAAAGAUAAAACCUAUUUUUAUGUUUCAUUUCCUCAUGAUAAGAGCCAUUUGUUGAGAAAAGUCUGCCAGAAAUUUGCACUCUCAUUUUAGUUGUAGGUCUCGGGGCUAGAAGUUUUUAUACGCAAGAACCGGAGCUGCAGCCCAAAAAUUUUUUUGUCUUGCUAAUGGGAAAGGAAAAUAAGGAAGGAGCAGAUAACUUGCCCAAGACAACUAUUACAGAAUUUUUGGUUUGCGCAGAGGAGACGAGUGUCAUUCUGGUGAAUUAUGUAUUAUCCUUAAGGGGGUGCAGUUCAAUUUUAUGUUUGCAGAAGUUGCAAAAAAAGGUUAUCAGUAUUGAAUAUCAAUGGCAAAAUGUUGGUUAAUUUUCCAAACCAUAUUUCUCACCAGGACACUCAUGUCCAUGUUCAUUCCAGUGAUGAGUACCUUUAUAAGAAUAAAUAACGUUUUGUAAAA